GUUUUUAAAACCAGCAACAAGCGCGAGGACCUCGUUCGGGCGUCUAAAAGCCUCGGUCUUUUAUUCCGGUAUUUUCCGGGGUUGACUAUGACUGAAAUACUGAAUGAAUAACCUUUGAUUUCGAACAAAAAGUUGGUGUGAGAGGGGAGCAGCAUCAUAAUGGCAGAUGCUAAGACGGCACAUGCCACACACCCUCCAGCAGUGCAGUCCAGGCAGUCUGGCUCAUCAAAAAGUCCCUCCCCCAAGGCGAGGUGCAGUGACGCUCCAGUGGACGAAACCGGACCCUGGGCAGAGGGGAAGCAGAGGCAGACUGAAGGCUGUCGUCUUCCUGUGGCAGCGGAAGAUGUAGAAACGAUCCUGCAGUGGAUGUCUGGCCAGAAUGGCAAGGGAGAUGACAGCCUGCGAGAUCUCUUUAAGAGGCGGGUGGCUCUAAGUGGUGUGACAUAUGCCUCAUGGACCGAAAGCAACAACAGAGUCCUGGACAGCUUCAUCAUGAAUACCUCCAUCCAGACCCUCAUCGUGUACCUGGACCCCUUCGCUGGGCUUCAGCUGGACUUCAGGGUCCCAUCACAGACGGUGGAGCAGCUAGCUUACUUCAUCCGGCUGGACAGGGAGCCCAUUGCCGCAGAGACCUUCGAGAAUGCCAUGCAGUUCGGCACGGUGCGCAGGGGCGAUGUGGAAAGCCUGCUGCGCCUCAUGAGUGGGGUGUACGCCCCCCUGGUCACCCUCAACACCGCCUUGCCCCAGAGCAUCAAGAACAACUUGUCCCUGCACAUGGAACGCUUCCUCAUGCACCUCACAGACGCCAGGUUCAAGCUGGAGGGGCACACGGCACUGUAUAUCCCCACGGAGGCCCUGCACCUCAGCCCUGAGGUCGCUGCAAAGGACAGGGAGCUGGUGCAGAGGCUGGAGAUGGUGAUGAUUCACUGGACACGGCAGAUAAAGGAGGCACUGAGUGCCCAGGAGAUGGUGGAGGUGGGAGACAGCUCAGGCCCCCUGGAGGAGAUCGCCUUCUGGAAGAGCCGCUGCGCUGACCUGUCGGGCAUCAGUCAACAGCUGCAGAAGAGCGGCGUGCGCCACGUCCAGACCACGCUGCAGCUUUCCAAGUCCUCCUACGUGCCUCCCUUUAUCAAGCUCGCCAAACAAAUCGAGGAUGGUUCCCAGCAGGCACGGUCCAACCUGUCCUUCCUGUCGCUGCUCGGCGGGCCCUGUGAGGAGCUCUCCCAGCUAAAGCUAUGCGAGGUGCCCCCCAAACUAACUCCCUUGAUCCAGCUGAUCCGUAUCAUCUGGGUGAACUCGCCACACUACAACACGAACGAGAGGAUCUCAGCUCUUUUCCGCAAGGUGAGCAACGAGAUCAUCCGUCUGUGCUGCCAGCAGAUCUCCCUGGACCACAUCUUUGAGGGCUGUGUGCUAUCCAGCAAACAAAUCCUCAACGACAGCAUCCAUUGCUGUCUGGCCUGGAAAGACCACUACCUCUGUAAUUCCAAAAUCCAUCACAAGUACUCCAGUAAAGGCUGGGUCUUAGAUCAGACCAGCAUCUUCGCCCAGGUCGAUGCCUUUGUGCAGCGCUGCGAGGUCCUGCUGGAGGUCUGCAGCUGCCAGCAGCAGUUUGCCCGGCGCCAGGAGGGUGCCCAGCUCCCCGUGCCCUGCUUUGCGGGCCGCCAGGGAUUCGAGCUGACGCGCAGACUGCUGGAGAUUGAGGCGGCCUUCACCAGGAGCUUGCAGGCCCUUCGUGGCGCAGGGAAGGCCAUCCUGGAUGUCAAGAACACAUUUUGGCAUGAUGACCACAACCGCUUCCGGGCAGCGGUGAAGGACCUCGAGGUGAUGAUGCAGGACCUGAUCAACACAGGCUUCGAAACAGUCAGAUCAGUAGAGGAAGGGGUCUGGCUGCUUGAUGUGUUCCAGGACCUGGCUGACAGAGAGGCAAUCAAGCGUACUAUCGACAGGAAGACAGAAGAUGUGUACAGCCUCUUCAGCAAGGAGCUGCACUUGGUGAAUGAGGAGCUGAGCAACAGGGAGAUGCAGAGAGCGGCCCACAUGCCCCAGCAUGCCGGCCGGGCAUACUUGGCACGCUGCCUGCGGCGACGCAUCGGGAGGCCAGCGGAGGCAUUGCAGAGUGCCCAUUUCAUGCCCCAGACUGACAGCAGGAAGAAAGUCAACCUGGAAUAUGCACAGCUGGUGCAGACACUGGACGAGAUGGUGCGCAAGAUCUUCAGCGAGUGGAGCCAGAGCCUGAACAGGAAGAACCUGAAGAGACUGGACCAGCCACUCAUGGUCCGCUGCAAGGAGAUGGCUGGAAUGAUGGACAUCAACUUUGACAAGGACCUACUGGAGAUGUUCAGUGAGAUCCACUACUGGGAGUGGCUACAGUUUGAGGCCCCCCACUAUGUGCUGGAUGUGUACCAGCACAGGGAAGAGCUGCGCACGCUGCGAGAGAGCGUCCGGCUGGUGGUACGCGAGUACAACAGGAUCAUCAGCAAGCUCUCCGAGGAUGAGCUGGCUCUGUUCCGGGAGCGCAUCCGUAUCCUGGAUAGGAAGUUUCAGCCCGGUCUCUCUACGCUCAUGUGGUCAUCCAAAGGGGCAUCCGGCUUUUUCAUCAGUGACUGCUGCCUGUACACCAGCAAGGUGCAGCUCAUCAUGGACGAGUAUAGCGCGGCGACCCAGAGCAUAGCGCGUGCCUGUCAGAGGAUGCGGGAGCUGCUGCUGGUGUGUCUGGACGGGAGGACGGUGUAUGGGGAGCUUGAUUUCUCAGCCCAGCAGCACGGCCACCAGCAGGCCCAGCUGCAGAGGCUCUGCAGCACUCACGACAGCGUCGUGUCCAUCUUGGGCUGCUUGCAUAAGACCUUCUGCAAUGAUGGACCUGAGGUCCAGCAGCACUGGGUCUCCUACACAGAGAAGAUGGACCUCAUGGUGGAGAACGCGCUACGCUUCAAUGUCAAAAAGUCCCUGCAGGAGCUCUCCAAGGCCAUCAAUGGUGACAGCAAGAUGAUGCCCAGCCCCCUGUUCAAGGUGCAAGUGGUGCUGCUGCAGGAGUCGGCCGGCUCCCUCCCGCAGGUAGAGUUCUCUCCCACACUGCAGAAGCUGGCCCACAUAGUGACCAGCGUCAGCAGUCAGCUCAUCAGCGCAGUUUCUGUGUUCAAGCGCCUGCCUGACCUGCUAACUCACCAGCGCUCUCAAAAGGAGCCAGUCCACAUCCUCAUUGAACAAGAUGAGGAAAUCUGUAAGAUUCAGUCCUCCAUUGCGGCGGGUUUAGCUGCCAGCACUGCACAUCUGCACACCUACCUGAAGACCUGGGAUAAGUACCGAGAGAUCUGGGAGAUCAACAAGGACCACUUCAUCCGCCGCUAUCAGCGCCUCAAUCCCCCCGUGUCAUCUUUUGACGCCGACAUUGCCCGGUAUACGGAGGUGGCGAACAACGUGCAGAAGGAGGAGACAGUGCUGAGUGUGCAGUUCGUGCUGAUGGACUGCUCCCUGCUCAAGUUCUCGCUGCUGCAGCACUGCAACGAGUGGCAGGCCAAGUUCACCCAGCUGCUCAGGCAGAUGGCCUGCGGACGCCUGCGCCAGCUGCACGCCUUCCUGCAGGACAGCACCCAUAGGCUGAGUCAGCCCCCUCAGAGUCUGACAGAGCUGGAGGAAAGCUUAAAACUGCUGGAGAUUCUGCAAGGAGACCUGGCCAAGACUGAGAGCCAGAUCCUCCCCAUCCACGAGCAGUUUGCCAUCCUGGAGAAGUAUGAAGUCACUGUGGACCAGGAUGAUCAGGAGAUGCUGGAAGCCCUGAAUGGACAGUGGGUUUGGUUCCAGCAGGUCCUGACUGACAGUGACCUCAUGCUGAAGGAACAUAAGGAAAGGUUCAAAAGUGGCCUUAUCUUCUCAGCGGAGGAGUUUAAGAAGAAGAUGCAGGCCAUCACCCAGGACUUUAAUUCCGCAGGCCCCUUCUCCAGCACCGUGAACCCCGGCGAGGCCCUGCAGCUCGUGUCCGACUUGUGCGCCCAGCUCCAUGCCCUGAAGCAGGAGGAGAGCUCCAUCCGGCAGGGCCUGAGCAUCUUCGGCAUCGAGCAGCCCCCCUCCAAGGACAUACAGAGCUUGGAUAAGGACUUAGACUACCUACAGCAGGUGUGGCAGAUCACCCAGCAGUGGGAAGCCCACUGGGACCAGUGGAAAGUGGGGCAUUUUGCCGCACUGCAAAUGGAGAGCUUGGAGAGCUCCACCCAGGCUUUGUUCAAGAAGCUGCAUAAGUUGAGCCGUAAUCUCAAGGACAAGCAGUGGGAAGUCGUGGCGUCCUGCAGCAAGAAGAUCGACCUGUUCAGAAGGACCAUUCCCCUUAUCAGCGACCUGAGGAACCCAGCCUUGCGGGACAGGCACUGGAAUCAGAUCAGGGAUGAGGUGCAAGUUGCAUUUGACCAAACAGCUGCCGAUUUCACCCUCGAGAAGAUCGUGGCCCUGGGCCUGGAGCAGCACACUGAGAAGAUCAGUGAGAUUUCAGCGGCUGCCAGCAAAGAGCUGUCAAUUGAACAGUCCCUGGAAGGCAUCGCAAAGACAUGGGAGGAGAUUUGCCUAGACGUCGUCCUGUACAAAGACAAGGGUCACCGCAGACUGAGGGGAGCAGAGGAGAUUUUCCAAGCAUUAGAGGACAACCAGGUGACCCUCUCCACGAUGAAGGCAUCCCGCUUCAUACGUGCCUUUGAAAAGGAGGUGGACCACUGGGAGCGCAGCCUGUCACUGAUCCUGGAGGUCAUUGAGAUGAUCCUCACAGUGCAGAGACAGUGGAUAUACCUGGAGAAUAUCUUUUUAGGUGAAGACUUUAGGAAACAGCUGCCUAGAGAAUCCAAGGAGUUUGAUGAAAUCAACUCUAGCUGGAAGACUAUCAUGGAUUGUUUGAACAAGGACAGAAAUGCCCUGAGAGGAACGCACCACCCUGGGCUGCUGGAGAAGCUGUCAGAGAUGAACAGCAAGCUAGAGGAGAUCCAAAAGUCUCUGGAUAUGUACCUGGAGACAAAGAGGCAGAUCUUCCCACGCUUCUACUUCUUGUCCAACAAUGACCUGCUGGAGAUCCUGGGCCAGGCGUGCCACCCAGAGGCCGUGCAGCCACACCUCAAAAAGUGCUUUGACAAUAUCAAGAGCUUGAGGAUCAACAAGGUGGGGAUCAGCAGUAAGAUAGAAGCCAGCGGCAUGUUCUCGGCCGACGGAGAGUUUGUGGAGUUCACCCACCCCGUGCUGCUGGAAGGGCCGGUGGAGGAUUGGCUCUGUGAUGUUGAGCGCGCUAUGCACUGGACCCUAAAAGAAAAUCUGAAGAAUUGCCGGCAGGCUCUCACCAAGUCAUCCAGAAAGAGGGAAAAGUGGGUGAAGGAUUGGCCGGGUCAGAUGCUGAUCACGGCCAGCCAGAUCCACUGGACCGCAGAUGUUACCAAGUCCUUAGCCAUUAGUAAAGAGGAGAGUAAGACAGCCCUGAAGUCUAUGAAAAAGAAGCAGGUGUGGAUACUGAACCGGUACUCAGACGCAAUCCGUGGCAAUCUGUCCAAGAUUAUACGGCUGAAGAUUGUAGCGCUAGUAACAGUGGAGGUGCAUGCUCGUGACAUCAUCGACCGGCUGAUGAAGUGCGGCUGCUUGGACACAAACUCCUUUGAAUGGCUCGGCCAGCUGCGACUAUACUGGGAGAAGGAAGUGGACAACUGCACCAUCAAACAGACCAACACGCAGUUCCUCUACGGCUAUGAAUACCUGGGCAACUCUGGGCGGCUGGUCAUUACGCCCUUGACAGACAGAUGCUACAUGACCCUGACCACAGCCUUGUACCUCCACCGAGGGGGCUCCCUCAAGGGCCCUGCUGGCACAGGCAAGACGGAGACAGUGAAGGAUCUGGGCAAGGCUCUGGGCAUGUACGUCAUCGUGGUUAACUGCUCCGAAGGCCUGGACUUCAAAUCCAUGGGUCGCAUGUACUCCGGGUUAGCACAGACUGGAGCAUGGGGCUGCUUUGACGAGUUUAACCGCAUCAACAUUGAGGUGCUGUCAGUGGUGGCUCAGCAGAUCUUGUCCAUCCUGACCGCUCUCUCUGCCUAUGACACCAACUUUAUCUUUGAGGGCCGACAGAUUCCCCUGGUGCGGUCCUGUGGCAUUUUCAUCACUAUGAACCCUGGCUAUGCUGGACGCACAGAGCUGCCUGACAACCUCAAGUCGAUGUUCCGGCCCAUCUCCAUGGUAGUGCCGGACUCCACGAUAAUCGCUGAGAUCACUCUGUUUGGGGAGGGAUUCAACAACUGCAAGGUUCUGGCCAAGAAAGUCUUCACAUUGUACUCACUGGCUGUACAGCAGCUGUCGAAACAGGACCACUAUGACUUUGGGCUGCGCGCCCUCACCUCUCUGCUUCGAUACGCAGGGAAGAAGCGGCGAGCGCGCCCUGGAAUCACCGACGAGGAGAUCCUCCUCAUGUCCAUGAGGGACCUGAACGUCGCCAAGCUGACCUCCAUUGACCUGCCGCUCUUCGACAACAUCAUCCAGGACCUGUUCCCUGCCACGGAGAGCCCCACCAACAACUAUAGCAAGCUGCAAGAGACUAUAGAGCUGGAACUGCAGCAAAUCGGCCUGCAGGUCACACCUUUCACUGUGACCAAGGUCAUCCAGUUGUAUGAGACCAAAAACUCCCGCCACGCCUCCAUGAUUGUGGGCACCCCAGGCAGCGGCAAGACGGUCACCUGGAGGACUCUGCAGAGUGUCCUGAACACCAUGCACCGCAAGGGCGAGCCAGGAUUCAACCUCGUCCGGGAAUUCCCCUUGAACCCCAAGGCUGUGAGUCUGGGUGAGCUGUAUGGGGAGUACGACCUCUCCACCAACGAGUGGACGGAUGGCAUGCUCUCUUCUCUGAUGAGGUUGGCCUGUGCAGAUGAGAAGGCGGAUGGAAAGUGGAUCAUCUUAGACGGGCCAGUGGACACCCUGUGGAUCGAGAGCAUGAACUCUGCCAUGGAUGACAACAAGGUGCUGACACUCAUAAAUGGGGAGAGGAUCUCCAUGCCAGAGCAGGUGUCGCUGCUCUUUGAGGUGGAGGACCUGGUGGCAGCUUCUCCGGCCACCGUGUCUCGCUGUGGGAUGGUCUACAAUGACUACACAGCCCUGGGUUGGAAGCCCUUUGUGCAGUCCUGGCUCCAGAAACGCAGUAAGGUGGAGGUUGACCACCUACAGCCCCUCUUCGACAAGUACUUAGAGAAGACCAUGGAGUUCAAGAGGACCCACUGCAAAGAGCUGGUGGCCAUCACAGAGCUGAAUGGCGUGAGCUCCCUCUGCAGGCUGUACCACACCCUGGCCACUCCUGAAAAUGGGGUGAAUCCUUCUGACUCAGUCAGCUAUAGCCGCAUGGUGGAGCUGUGGUUCACCUUCAGUCUCAUCUGGUCAGUGUGUGCCUCAGUCAACGAGGAUGGCCGAAAGAAAAUCGACAACUUCCUACGUGAGAUGGAAGGCACCUUCCCCAAUAAGGACACCGUCUAUGAGUACUAUGUAGACACCAAGAACAAAAGCUGGGCCUUGUUUGAGGACAGACUGCCCAAAGGCUGGUGCUACGCCUCCAAUAUUCCCUUUUACAAGAUAAUGGUGCCCACAGUGAAUUCAGUGCGGUACCGCUUCCUGGUGCAAGCACUAGUAUGUGGGCAGUACCCAGUGCUGCUGACGGGGCCAGUGGGCACGGGCAAGACUUCUGUGGCCCAGAGCGUGCUACAGGCCCUGGAGCCUGCUGAUUGGGCAGUGCUCACCAUUAACAUGUCCUCCCAGACUACAUCCAACAAUGUGCAGGCCAUCAUAGAGGGUCGAGUUGAGAAGCGCACUAAGGGUGUCUAUGUGCCCCUGAGAGGGAAGCGCAUGCUGACCUUUCUGGAUGACCUCAAUAUGCCGGCCCAGGACGAAUUCGGGUCCCAGCCACCUUUGGAGCUGCUCCGCCUCUUGAUCGACUACGGCUUCUGGUACGACCGGCAAAAGCAGACGCCUAAGUGUAUCAAGGGUAUGUUCCUUUUGGCGGCCAUGGGGCCUCCUGGUGGAGGGAGGACUCACAUCUCUGGUCGUCUGCAGAGUCGCUUCAACCUCAUCAACAUGACCUUUCCGACAGAAUCUCAAAUCAAGCACAUCUUUGGCACAAUGAUAAACCAGAAGCUUCAGGAGUUCCAGGAGGAGGUGAAGCCCAUUGGGGCAGUGCUGACGCAGGCUACGCUGGAGCUGUACCGCGCUGUUGUUGGCCGGUUCCUGCCCACUCCUGCCAAGAUGCACUAUUUGUUCAACCUCCGAGAUAUCUCCAAGGUAUUCCAGGGCUUACUGAGAGCUCACAGAGAUUUCCAUGAUACUAAGCAAAGCAUCACCCGACUCUGGAUCCACGAGUGCUUUAGAGUGUUCUCCGACCGGCUGGUUGAUCAAGGAGACAUGGAGGCAUUUAUGGUCCUUCUGGGUGAAAAACUGGGUUCCUACUUCGACCUGACGUACCACAGCAUUUGCCCAAACAAGCAGCCUCCCAUCUUCGGGGACUUCCUGAACAAUCCCAGGGUGUAUGAAGACAUAACAGAUAUCAAGACCCUGAAAAACUUCAUGGAGUUGCAGCUAGAGGAUUACAACCUGAGCUCUGGCGUGGUGCCUAUGAACCUGGUCCUGUUCCAUGAUGCCAUCAAACACGUAACCCAUGUGGUGCGGGUGAUCAGCCAGCCUCGGGGAAACAUGCUGCUGGUAGGCAUUGGAGGAUCGGGCCGGCAGAGCCUUUCCCGCCUUGCGUCCUUCAUCUGUGGCUAUCAAGUCUUCGAGGUGGAAGUCACCAAACAGUAUCGCAAACAAGAGUUCAGAGAUGACAUUAAGAAGUUGUACCGGCAAGCUGGUGUUGACAACAAGCCCACAGUGUUUUUGUUCAACGACACCCAAAUUUUGGACGAGUCUUUCUUGGAGGACAUCAACAACAUGCUGAAUUCUGGGGAAGUUCCCAACCUCUACAAGCCGGAUGAACUCGAUGAGGUCCAGAGGGCUUUGUCCAAUGUAGCCAACAUCCCAGAACAUUCUGACGCCAUGUUCAGCUACUUCUUGGAGAGAGUUAGGAACAACCUGCACAUCGUACUGUGCAUGAGUCCCGUAGGUGACCUCUUCAGAAAUCGGAUCCGGCAGUACCCCGCUCUGGUCAACUGCACCACCAUCAACUGGUUCUCCGAAUGGCCCCACGAUGCGCUUCUAGAGGUGGCCGAGAGGUACCUGGAUGGAUUGGAACUGGGCAGUAUGGAGGGGGCUCAGAAUAAGGUGGCCAGCAUCUUUGUGACAAUUCACCAGUCUGUGAGCCACUACUCCCAAAAGAUGAAGGUGGAGCUGAAGAGACAUAACUAUGUCACCCCCACCAACUAUUUGGAGCUGGUGUCUGGAUUCAAGAAGCUUCUGGUGGAGAAGCGUGGCGAGCUGGGCGAGCAAGUGACCAAACUGCGCAAUGGCCUCUUCAAGAUCGAUGACACGCGCAGCAAUGUGGAGGCCAUGUCUGUGGAGCUGGAGGAGGCCAAGGCGAAGGUGGCCGAGUUCCAGAAGCAGUGUGAGGAGUACCUGGUGGUCAUCGUGCAGCAGAAGCGGGAGACCGACGAGCAGCAGAAGGAGGUGAGUACCCAUAGUGAGAAGAUCAGUGCAGAAGAGGUCAAGUGUAAGGCCAUGGCAGAGAAUGCACAGAGGGACCUGGAUGAGGCUCUACCCGCGCUGGAGGAGGCCAUGAAGGCCCUGGAGUCUCUGAAUAAGAAAGACAUGACGGAGAUCAAGUCCUAUGGCCGCCCACCAGUGCUGGUGGAGAAAGUCAUGCAGGCUGUCAUGAUCCUGAGGGGCAGCGAGCCCACCUGGGCAGAGGCCAAGAGACAGCUAGGAGAGUCAAACUUUAUCAAGCAGCUAGUCCACUUUGACAAGGACAACAUCUCAGAGCAGGUUCUGAAGAAGAUCAGUCAGUACUGCACCCAGGCUGACUUCCAGCCCGAGAUCAUCGGCCGCGUCUCUCUGGCCGCCAAGUCACUCUGCAUGUGGGUUCGCGCCAUGGAGAUGUAUGGGCGUCUCUACCGCGUGGUGCAGCCAAAGAGGACCAAGCUGGAAGUGGCCAGGUCCCAGUUAGCAGAGAAGCAAGCAGCACUGGCUGAAGCUCAGGACAAACUGCGAGAGGUGGGAGAGAAGCUGGAACAGCUGAAGCAGCAGUACAGCGAGAAGCUGGCCCAGAAGAUGAAGCUGCGGCAGAAAUCUGAGGACAUGGAGCUGAAGCUGGACAGGGCCGGCAGGCUGGUGUCUGGGCUGGCUGCUGAGAGGCAGCGCUGGGAGAAGACCAUCAAGGGCCUGGACAUGGACAUGGGCUACCUGGUGGGAGACUGCCUCUUAGCUGCAGCCUUUCUGUCCUACAUGGGUCCGUUCCUGUCCAUCUACCGGGACGAAAUGGUCACCAACAUCUGGAUGAAGCAGAUGCAGCAGCUGGAGGUGCCGUGCUCACCCUCCUUCAGCUUCUCCGCGUUCCUGGCCAAAGCCACCGCCGUGCGCGACUGGAACAUGCAGGGGCUGCCGUCUGACGCUUUCUCCAUGGAGAACGGAGUCAUCGUCACCCGUGGGAACCGAUGGCCCCUCCUGGUGGAUCCACAAGGACAGGCUUUGAAGUGGAUCAAGAACAUGGAGACAAAAAGAGGCCUGAAGGUCAUCGACCCGCAGACUCCCGACUUCCUGCGCACGCUUGAAACCGCGGUCCAGUUUGGCACACCAGUGCUGCUGCAGAAUGUGCGGGAGGAGCUGGACCCCUCGCUGGCUCCCAUCCUCAACAGAGCCUUCACCCGUGUCGGUGAACGUUUUCUGCUGAGACUGAGCGACAAGGAGGUGGAUUACAACCCUGACUUCCGCUUCUACAUCACCACCAAGCUGUCCAACCCCCACUACACGCCCGAAAUCGCUACCAAGACCACCAUUGUCAACUUUGCUGUUAAGGAGCAGGGUCUGGAGGCCCAGUUGCUGGGGAUCGUGGUAAGGAAGGAACGUCCUGAACUGGAGGAGCAAAAGGAUUCACUGGUGAUCAGCAUCGCCUCUGGCAAGAGGAAACUGCAGGAACUGGAGGAUGAGAUCCUCAGGCUGCUGAAUGAGGCCACUGGUUCUCUUCUGGAUGAUGUUCACUUGGUGAACACUCUGCAGACCUCCAAAGUGACAGCUAGCGAGGUGUCUGAGCAGCUGGAAACCAGUGAACAGACAGAGAUCAAGAUUGACAUGGCCAGAGAGGCAUAUCGGCCCUGUGCCCGGCGCGCCUCUAUCUUGUUCUUCGUGCUAAAUGACAUGGGCCUUAUUGAGCCCAUGUACCAGUAUUCUCUGGACGCGUACAUCGACCUGUUCAACCUCAGCAUCGAGAAGAGCCAGCACAGCUACAAACUGGAAGAAAGGAUCACCAGCCUUAAUGACUACCACACCUACGCUGUCUACAGGUUCACCUGCCGUGGCCUGUUUGAGUGCCAUAAGCUGCUCUUCAGUUUCCACAUGUGUGCUAAGAUCCUGGAGGCAGCAGACAAACUCAACAUGGAUGAGUACAGCUUCUUCCUGCGGGGAGGCCUGGUUUUGGACAAAGAGGGUCAGAUGGACAACCCAUGUAGCAGCUGGCUGCCAGACUCCAGCUGGGACUAUGUGACUGAGCUGGACAAGUUGGCCAACUUCCACGGCCUGGUGGACUCCUUUGAGCAGUACCCGCAGGACUGGCAUGGGUGGUACACCAGCACAGAGCCUGAGCGCACUCCCUUUCCCGGUGAAUGGGAGAACAGAUGUAAUGAGCUGCAGAGGAUGCUGAUUGUCCGCUCACUGCGCCAGGAUCGCAUCUCCUUCUGUGUCACCAGCUUCAUCAUCAGUAACUUGGGCUCCCGCUUCGUGGAGCCACCCGCACUUGACAUGAAGGCCGUGGUGGAGGACUCCAGCACCAGGACCCCAUUGAUCUUCGUGUUGUCAUCGGGCGUAGACCCCACGGGUGCCCUGCUGCAGCUGGCAGAAGCUUCUGGCAUGAGUCGCCGCUUCCACGCGCUGUCCUUAGGGCAGGGACAGGCACCCAUCGCCACACGCAUGAUCAAGGAAGGGGUGAAGAAUGGUCACUGGGUGUUCCUGGCAAACUGCCACCUGUCCCUCUCCUGGAUGCCCCAGUUGGACAAGCUGGUGGAGCAGCUGCAGGUGGAAGAACCUCACGCAGACUUUCGCCUGUGGCUCAGCUCCUCUCCCCACCCGGACUUCCCCAUCGCCAUCCUGCAAGCCGGCAUCAAGAUGACCACUGAGCCACCGAAGGGUGUGAAGUCUAACAUGAAGCGCCUGUACCACUUGGUCAGCGAGGCCCAGUUCAACCAGUGCAUGCGGCCAUCUGCAUACCGCCGGCUGCUCUUCAGCCUCUGCUUCUUCCACAGCAUCCUGCUGGAGCGCAAGAAGUUCCGGCAGCUGGGCUGGAACAUCGUCUACAGCUUCAACGAUUCGGACUUGGAGGUGAGCGAGAACCUGUUGAGACAUUACCUGGACCAGCAAGAAGAGGUACCCUGGGACGCCCUCAGGUACCUGAUCGCAGGGGUCAUCUACGGAGGUCAUGUGACCGACGAGUGGGACAGACGGCUGCUCACCACCUAUAUCAACGACUGCUUCUGCGAGAGCGCCAUUACUGUCCCAUUUUUCAAACUGUCCCCACUGCCCACCCACUACAUCCCACGGGACGGCCCCCUGUCCUCCUACCUCGACUACAUCAGCCAGCUGCCCAGCGCCGAGCACCCCGAGCUAUUCGGCCAGCACCCCAACGCCGACAUCGGCAGCCAGAUCGCGGAGGCUUGCACGCUGUUCCACACUCUGCUGUCCCUACAGCCGGCCCUUUGCGGUGCCACAGCCCUGGGGGCGGGACCGAGCCCAGAGGCCAAGGUGCUUGAGAUCGCCGCAGACGUGUGGCAGAAGAUCCCAGGGCAGCUGGACUAUGAAGGAACCCGGAAACUUCUGCAAGACGACCCCUCCCCACUCAAUGUGGUGCUGCUGCAGGAGAUCCAGAGAUACAAUACCCUGCUUGGGGUCAUCAGGUCAUCCCUGGUGGAGCUGGAGAGGGGUGUACAGGGUUUGCUGGUGAUGUCCAGCAGCCUGGAGGAGACCUUCGCAUGCAUCCAUGCUGGCCGCGUGCCACCCCUCUGGGAGAAGGCGUACCCCUCGCUGAAGCCCUUAGCGUCAUGGAUGCGGGACCUGUGCCAACGUGUGGACCAGUUUGCCUGCUGGGCGCAGACGGCACACCCCCCCACGAUCUUCUGGCUGUCCGGCUUCACCUUCCCCACUGGCUUCCUAACAGCUGUACUGCAAGCCUCCGCCCGCCAGAACAAUGUGUCAGUGGAUACUCUGUCCUGGGAAUUUACAGUCUCCACAGUGGACGACAACAAUCUCCUCUUCCCCCCCAAGGACGGCGUGUUCAUCCGGGGGCUAUUCCUUGAGGGGGCUGGCUGGGACAAGAAGCACUGCUGUCUCGUGGAACCGGAGCCCAUGCGGCUGGUCUGCACCGUCCCCACCAUCCACUUCAAGCCUGUGGAGAACCGCAAGAAGACCAGCAAAAGUGUGUACUCCUGUCCCUGCUACUACUUCCCCGUGCGCUCGGGGAGGGCUGGCCGCACCUCCUUCGUGGUGACAGUGGACCUCAAUUCUGGAGCAUUUCCACACGAUCAUUGGGUCAAGAGGGGAACAGCCCUGCUGAUGAGCCUGGACAGCUAAGGAGCACACACUGUUACUGUUACACACAGGGUUGGCACACAAAACAUAGUGCAGUCACAAAGCCUGUACCAACACACACACACACACACACACACACACAGCCAGGGCAGUCACGAAGCCUGUACCAACACACACACACACACACACACACACACACACAGCCAGGGCAGUCACAAAGCCUGUACCAACACACACACACACACACACACACAGCCAGGGCAGUCACGAAGCCUGUACCAACACACACACACACACAGCCAGGGCAGUCACAAAGCCUGUACCAACACACACACACACACACAGCCAGGGCAGUCACAAAGCCUGUACCAACACACACACACACACACAGCCAGGGCAGUCACAAAGCCUGUACCAACACACACAUAUAUACACACACACACACACACACAGCCAGGGCAGUCACGAAGCCUGUACCAACACACACACACACACAGCCAGGGCAGUCACAAAGCCUGUACCAACACACACACACACACACACACACACACACAGCCAGGGCAGUCACAAAGCCUGUACCAACACACACACACACACACACACAGCCAGGGCAGUCACAAAGCCUGUACCAACACACACACACACACACACACACACAGCCAGGGCAGUCACAAAGCCUGUACCAACACACACACACACAGCCAGGGCAGUCACAAAGCCUGUACCAACACACACACACACACACAGCCAGGGCAGUCACAAAGCCUGUACCAACACACACACACACACACACAGCCAGGGCAGUCACAAAGCCUGUACCAACACACACACACACACACACACAGCCAGGGCAGUCACAAAGCCUGUACCAACACACACACACACACACAGCCAGGGCAGUCACAAAGCCUGUACCAACACACACAUACACACACACACACACACACACACACACACACAGCCAGGGCAGUCACAAAGCCUGUACCAACACACACACACACAGCCAGGGCAGUCACAAAGCCUGUACCAACACACACACACACACACAGCCAGGGCAGUCACAAAGCCUGUACCAACACACACAUACACACACACGCACAGCCAGGGCAGUCACAAAGCCUGUACCAACACACACAUACACACACACACACACACACACAGCCAGGGCAGUCACAAAGCCUGUACCAACACACACACACAGCCAAGGCAGUCACAAAGCCUGUACCAACACACACACACACACACACACACACACACACAGCCAGGGCAGUCACAAAGCCUGUACCAACACACACACACAGCCAGGGCAGUCACAAAGCCUGUACCAACACACACACACACACACACACAGCCAGGGCAGUCACAAAGCCUGUACCAACACACACACAGCCAGGGCAGUCACGAAGCCUGUACCAACACACACACACACACACACAGCCAGGGCAGUCACAAAGCCUGAACCAACACACACACACACACACACAGCCAGGGCAGUCACAAAGCCUGUACUAACAUACACACACACACACACACACACACACAGGGCUGUCUUAGCCAUGGUCAAAUUUAAAAAGAGUUGCUAGUUAGUUAGUUAGUAAAGUUCUACAUAGAUCUUUGGAUGUCAUGGGAUACAAACCUGUAGUCAUAUUGAAAUGUCUUAAGAAAUGCUUUGAGGUUUGAUGUUCUGAGGUAUUUUAAUGUAUUGACAUGUACACAGUGACAAGCAAACUAAAUAAAUCUAAUGGAGUAA